AUGGCCGAGGACGGCACUUCGGCCACCACCACGACACCAACCUCCCCUCGUCCCGACACGGCCUUGGGAUAUGGCAGCAGCUGCUAUCAUCCCAUCCCGGAUGGUGGUCUCGGUGGGGUCCUGUCGCCGGGCAUCAGAGCUGACAACACCUUGCCGGCCGUCGCCACACAGAAUAUCGAGGAUAAAAAGGCUAGGCAUAAAAACCUGCAGGUGGACGACUACCUGAUGGUGUUGGCUGGGGCAUUCUACACAACACUGGUGGUCACACUCAACCUCACUUGCCAAAACGGUGGCUCGAAUCUUUACCCACCAUGGACGCCACAGAACUUCACAGACCAACAGAUCAAGGAUCGCAUAUUCGGGUCCAAGCUUGUUCUAGUCAGCGAGCAGUCCAUGCUCAACGUGAUAUAUACUAUUAGGGCCUGCAUGCUCGUCAUGUCAACGUCCCCUGACGCCCUGCUUUUUGUCUUUUCCGUGGGUGGCUCCGUUAUCAUCGCCGCCACCCUAACCAAAAUCCUUGGCUUUUCCAACAUUUGGGACCCAAACUACAUGCUCUGGUACAUGCGCGAGUCCUCGGUCGCCAUCUUCGUGUCCAACACGCCCGUGAUCUGGCCACCGCUCCGCGAACUCUUCCCCUGCCUGCGCUCCCCGGCCCCCGGGGGCGGCCAGCGAGGGCCGACGCCCCGCAAUGGCUUGGGCGGCAGCGCCUGGGCCGCGUCGCCGUCGCCUUGGCGCCGCAAGCUCGGCCUUUGCACCACCAGCGUCGAGUACAAGACAGCCGCCGCCGCAGACGACAUGGAGAUGUGGUUGAAUGGUGGCAUCUGCAGUGGAGGCGCGUCGACGGCUGUGAGGCAGCAACACACCUCCACCGGCUCGUCGGCCAGCUCGGGCGUCGAGUGUGCGAUCCCAGCCAGGAUGGCGUCCUCGGAGCCCCCUGGGCCGGGCCCCACGGGGGAGCAGCGGCCCAGCGGCAGCGCGGCCGCGCCCACGCCGGCGCCGACGUUGGCCCCGGGUACGGGCGUCAACACGGCCGAGGUGAUGGCGCUAAAUGGGACGCCCAGCAGCGAGCGCCGCGGCGGCGGCGGCGGCGCGGCCGACGAGCGGAACCUCAUCUUUCCCCCCGUGACGCACAACCCGCCAUCCGACAGCAGUGGGGCCGGCGGCGGCGGCAGCGCCAUCAUCCACGUCGUCUCGACGGUCGAGGUCCGAGCCGAGGAGAGGACGCGGAGCAGCUCCAUCGUGGUCAUGGAGCGCGCGGGCAGGACCGACGUUUACGACUGGGAGCGCAGCGGCGUGUCCAAGCACCGGGUAGCCGCGCACGGGGCUUCUACUCCGACAUAA